AUGAACUCGCUGAACAAGCUGCGUCCUCCCAACAUCCCCGGGUCAUUCCUUCUGACAGCUGCGGGGGGUAUAGCACUUACAGUGGGUGGAUAUGUUGUGGUCAAUCACUGUAUGUACAACGUCGAGGGUGGACACCGGGCGGUAAUUUAUAGCAGAAUAAGCGGAAUGAGUAGUGUAGUGAAGGGUGAAGGCACCCACUUCAAAGUUCCAUGGUUCCAGAGACCUUAUAUCUACAAUGUGCGGUCUACACCAAGGAAUAUCAAAUCGCUGACUGGCAGCAAAGAUCUUCAAAUGGUUGAUAUUAAUUUGCGAUUGAUUUAUCGUCCGGUUGUCGACAAGCUUCCGGAAAUGUACAGGACACUUGGAAUGGACUAUGACGAAAGAGUCCUUCCAUCUAUCGCGAAUGAGGUCCUUAAAAGUGUUGUAGCGCAAUACAAUGCUAUAGAGCUAAUCGUGAAACGAGAACAGGUCUCAGCACAAGUCAGGAACAGAUUGCAGGAACGCGCAAAGGACUUCUUCAUGGUUUUGGAUGAUGUUUCGAUUACGCAUCUUGCCUUCAGUCCGCAAUUCACAACCGCGGUUGAGGCGAAGCAGGUUGCGCAGCAGGAUGCGGAACGCUCGAAAUGGAUUGUUGAGAAGGCUAUUGAAGAAAGAAAAGUAUUGUCAUUGCAGCUCAAGGAGAAGCUGAAGCUGCUAAACUUAUCGCAACGGCUGUUGCCAACAAUCCUGAUUGAAGGUUUUUCAGGGUUCGUGGAGUUGCGUGAGAUCCAGUACGCAAAGGACGUGGCGGAAACCAUUGCCAACAGCAAUUUCAAAGUCUAUCUCAGCUCAGACGUUCUCCUCAUGUCCGGCUUGGCUCGUGCACUCAGCCAGCAACAGGCUAACAAGCUUCAGAGCGGAAAGAGCUAUUUAUCCGUUUUUGGUAUGUGA